AUGAGUGACGUAGAAGAAUCAAUUAUUGAAAAUACACCAGAAGAGGAAGAUGCCAAUAUAGCUGAAGAAGAACCAAAACCUGAGGAAGAGCAAGAGGAAGAAAAUAAUGAGCAUGUAACUAUCGAAACUCAAGAUGAAGAUAAUGAAAACAAGGAAAAUCAGCAAAAUCAAGAAGAAGAUAACAAUGAAUCAAAGCAAGAAAUUAAACAGAAACCAGACUUUAUGCUUACUCAGAAGAGAUUUGAUUAUGAAAAUGUUAAACGAAGAAAACAAGAAUUAGCGCAAGAAAAUACAUCAAAAGAGACAAAACAGAGAGGUAGAUCUACAGCACAGCGUACUGAUGUAAUUUUUACAAACAAAAACAUACAAAAUCUCGAAAAAAUUAAAUUCAAUCCGAAAUGCACAAUGAUAGAUCUUUCUUCUAACAAAAUUGUUAAUUUUGAUGGAAUGCCACAUCUUAAAUGUCUCACUUCGAUGCAAUUUGAUUCAAAUCCAAUUAGAUCGUUUAAAGGAGCUGUAAUUCAAGAGCGUCUUAAAUGGGUUUCAAUGAAGUUAUGUCCAAUAUCUCGCAAUCCAUACUUCAAGCUGAUGGUUUUGGUUGCAUUUGACAAUAUCGUCAAACUUGAGAAUCAAAAUGGGACAGUUACCUACAAAGGAUCAAUUACAACAAUCAAUGAUAGCAAAAUCAACGAUAAGCUUCGUGAACAAGCUUACAAAAUUGCAGAUCAUCUUCGUCCAGAGUUAGUUGAAGGAAAGAUCAUUACAAACUUAACACCACUUCGCAUGAUCAACAACGAGGCAGAUGAAUCUUUACCAGAAGGCAGAAAAGUUGAUCCUUCUCCACAAUUAUUGGAAACAACUACUAGAAUGGUUACAAAGAUGGAAUCACAGGUAAAGAAAGUUAAGACAGAACAUGAAAUGUCCAAUUCGCAAAACAAACCAAGGUUACAGAGUGUUGCUGUUAAAUGCAAUUUGUUGCUUAAUGAAAACACUGAUUUAAAGUCUUUUGUUAAGAAGGACGUUCUUAAUAAUGUUGUUGAUCGCAUUAAUAAACUCAGACUUGAAUUUGAACCAACAGAAAAUGACGAAGAAGAAGAGUUAUAUGAAGAGGAGGAAGAAGAAGUUCCAAAACUUGAAGAUCAAUCAGCUGAAGAACCAAAGAAAGAAGAAGAAAUUCAUGAAGAACCAAAGAAGGAAGAAAAAGAAGACGGAAAGCAGCCAGAUGCUGAAGAACAACAAAAUCAGAAUGCCGAAGAAGAAAUUUCAGAAAUACAAUUGAAAAAUGUUGAAACCAAGCAAGACGAAGAAGAAAACGUCCAAGAACAAGUAAAGAAAGAAGAGUUGAAACAACAAGAAGAGGAAGAAGAAGAGAAACAUGAAAUACAUGAAGAGAUUCAUAAUGCUGAAGAAGAAGAGAAACAUAAAGAGGAAGAAGAGAAAGGAGAAAUGAAGAAUGAAGAGGAAGAAGAGAAAGGAGAAAAUGAAGAACAGAAACAUGAAGAGGAAGAAGAAAAGAAGAAUGAAAAUGAAGAUGAAGAAGUAAAGAAGGAUAAAAAUGAAGAAGAGAAACAUGAAGAGGAAGAAGAAAAGAAGAAUGACGAGGAAGAGAAAGAAAACAGUGAACAAAAUCAGAGUGAAAAACCAAAAGUGAAUGAAGAUAAGUCAAAGGUAGAAGAGGAAGAAGAAUGCUUUGCAGAGGAAGAAACUACAAACGACCAAGAUAUUAAAGAAGAGAAAGUAAAUAUUGAAGAACCAAUGAAUGAAACAGAGCAGAACAUCAAAGAGGAGGAAGAAGAAAAGCAUGAAGAAAACCUGUUUGAGGAAAACGCAGAAAUACAUGAAGAGGAAUAUGAAGAAGAGGAAGAGGAUGAUAUUAGUAACAGCAUUGUCCUCAAGAAAGCAAAAAAGAUAAAUGAAGAAGAGGAAUCUCUUGAAAAGGUUCUUGCUCAAGGUGCUGAAUUAGAUCUUUCUGUUGAUGAAGAAUAA